CAAAUAGAGUAAUAUGGUGCUUUUAGUUUGACAGUUGGUUUUGCAACGGUGAUAGCAUCUCUUUUACUCUGUUUCAGCAACAAUUAUGGAGAUUUCACUCAACGCCGUGAUCCUCAAACCUGCUCAUUUCCCUAAACUCAACGCCACAAACCGAAACUCCGUUAAAUCUCCAUUACCUUGCUACUUCUGCUGCUCCAGGAAGAAUGAAGAAGCAGCAGCUAAUGGUUUAUUUAAAGCGCCUUCAUCAAAAUUAGAGGUAGCAAGUAAUGAUAAUGUGGGCAUGUAUCAGGAAAAGAUUUCGCCAUCUAAUUUUGAAUUGGAAGCGAAAAAUAAUGAUAUAUGGAAGCUGUUCAAAGAAGCUCAGCAGAAUAUUCUGUACUUAAACAAACAGCGCCUUUUGGCUGUCGGGGAGCUCAGUAACGCAAACAGAGAGAAAGAGUUGUUGCUUGACAAAAUUGAGCAAUUAGAGGCGGAAAAACAAGCCGCUGACAUCGGAAAAGAUAAACAAUCUGUAUGUUGUGAGUUGCUGCUUCGGAUUGACUCAAUGGUCCUCAUGGGCAUGAUUACUGCUUCAGAGGCGUCUAAUCUGAGAAACGCGGUCAUGGAUUACAAAUUUAGUGUAGCUGAUCUGCUCUUUGACAAUGAGCAGAAAAGUGAUACCGAGCUUUUGGCAGAACUUCGUCAAUUCUCACAUGGAAGCAAAAAGACCAGUUUACACAUCGUCCAUAUUUGUACUGAGAUGGCACCAGUGGCAGAGGUUGGAUCCUUGGCAUCUUAUGUGACAGGAUUAUCACUCGCACUGCAAAAGAAGGGCCAUUUGGCAGAAGUUAUUUUGCCAAAGUAUGCCAAUUUGAACCUCAGUGAAAUCCAUGGAUUGCGAGAAAUUCAAGCAGAGUCUUAUUCAUAUUAUGAUGGUCAAUUGCAUGGAAACAAAAUCUGGACUGGAGUGGUCAAUGGCAUCGGAGUUACUUUUAUUCAACCUUUGUACUACUCAUCCUUUUUUAACCGGGAGAAGAUAUAUGGAUAUACAGAUGACUUUGAACGGUUUAGCUAUUUUUCUCGUGCUUCUUUGGAUUAUUUAACGAAAUCUGGGAAACAGCCUGAUGUGUUACACAUACACAAUUGGGAGACUGCUAUUAUUGGACCACUCUUCUGGGAUGUUUUUGCUAAACAGGGGCUUGAAGGUACUAGAAUUUUGUUGACGUGUCACGGCCUUGAUUCACAGUGCCUUGAGAAACCUGAUAAGCUAGCACUAUGUGGACUUGAUCCUGGUAGACUUCACCGUCCUGAUCGCUUGCAAGAUAAUGCUAAGACACAGUUUGUCAAUAUUCUGAAGGGUGGAGUUGUAUAUUCUAACAAAGUUGUGAUAGUGUCGUCCAUACAUUCAAAAGGCAGAUUUAUUGAUCAUAUGAGUCAUGGAUUGGGACCUGCUUUAUCCAUUCAUCAAGACAAGUUGGUAGUCACUCCAUAUGGUUUCGAUAAGUCCACCUGGGAUCCUUCGAAAGACAGAUUUCUUCCUGAAAAUUAUAGUGAAGAUGACAUGAAGGGAAAAUCUGUUUGCAAAGGUGCAUUGCAGCAGUAUGUGGGAUUGUCCAAAAAUACUUCUGCUGUUCUUGUAGGAUGUAUCAUAUCCGAAUUAACAGAUUUUGAUGUGAAUAACCUGAAGGCAGUUGUUAAGAAUGCUGACAGGAAUACUGUCCAGUUUGUCUUCAUUGGAAGUGAAAUACUAAGUGCAAACAGAGCACUGGAAUCUCUUCAGAAAGAGCUUAAGGGUGAAAAUGUGAGGUUUAUAAACAAAUACGAUGAGGCAAUAUCGCAUUUAAUCUUUUCAGGAUCGAACAUAAUAUUGUGCCAAUCCUUUCAUGACCCUUUGCUCCAAGUGCCGCUCAAAGCUUUAAAAUAUGGAGCAGCUCCAAUCGCACUAACAUCCAACGAUAACAGAUUCAGGAAUAGUGAUUUUGUGGAUCGCGACCAAGAGAUCCCUAAAUUCGCAAAGUUUAUUAGCUCUACUUUUGAAAGUAUGUCUCUCAGCGAGGCCGUUGAUGAAAUUAAGAACAAUCAAUCAAAAUGGAAGCAAAAGAUAGCAUAUGCUAUGGCGAUGGACUUUUCCUGGGAUGCAGAUUGCUAUGACAUUCAUGUUUCUGCUUACAGUUCCCUCAAAAACCUGUGAAUUGAAGACAACCUAUACGAAGGAUAUGAGGCAAAGCGCCAGCCAAAAGGCGGAAAGGUUGAUGAGUGUGAAGGGAAAUACGCAAAUGCCUUGUAAUCUGGCCAUCCCCGGUAUGAAAAUAAAUAAGGGUAGAAUGUAUCUAGGGCCUUUAUUUUAUUUUAUUUCAAAAAUUUAAAUUUAUUGAUUAAGAUUAAAAGAUAAAUAGUGAAGAGAAUAUUACAGAAAAAUUGCAAAUGUGGCAAUUAUUUUCUCAAAUGCCAAGCUGGACAAUUUUUCACA